CAAAGCGCGUCCAACGUCAACGCGGCAUUGGUCGCUCUCCUUCAACCUAUCGUGACGCUCUUGACACUUUUGACGCUGAGAUCGCGCGCAUUUCUUGCAUAUUCUUGGGCGUCCUGCUUUCUGGACGCAAUUCAAGCUUGGGACGAGAGAGCUCAUGUUGUCGCGAACGCGCCGCUUUUUACGUCGCGAGCUCGAAUGCCAUCCCCCAUGAACGGCAGCGGAUACAAUACGCCUGAUCUACACAAAGAUGACUUGUCUGAUGAAGCCAUCGAACUCCUUUACACGAUAAUCCACCGCGCCUCCUCUUCGCCGGACCGCUCCUCCCGCGCGCUCUUCAACGCAUAUGAAGAGGUCCUCGAAGAAUAUGGCUUGUUACCUAGUGAUGAUGCCGUUCUACACCGGUUUCUAUUUCGCAUGCAGCAGGAUCGGAGAACAGACGAGAGCUUAGUCGAGAGGUUCCACCGGGUGCUGGCGGAGUUUGAAAUCGUAGUUGAUGAGGAGAGUGAUGGAGACAACACUGGAGACGCCGAGGUCGGGGACACUCGCGACACGCAGAAAAACGCCAGGAAGGGCGCGCACAAUAAAGUAGUUGCGCAGGCUGUGCUGGCCCAUUCAGAAAGACUGACGAGACGAGGAAGUUUCGAGAGCUUCUUCGAUGGUUCGGCGGAUAAAGUUGCGGGGAGCGAAGUCAAAGACGUGCCGAGGAGCAAGAGAAGGGGCUCAUUGAGCCAUGCAUUGGAUGGAAUGUUGGCAAAGAGCCGCUCAACGUCAGAUACCGAGGCCCUGAGGCUCCAACGGGCGCAGCUUCCGAUCCGCGCACGUAUCGACGGUCAAGCGCAGAGACCAGACUGGUCAAGGCAGUAUCAUGGUCGCCGGAGGAAUGGUUCCAUCUCCAGUCGUGCCAGUCUGCGCAUUCGACGAGAUGCUAAUACCAUAGCGUCACGGCAAAGAGAUCAUGAGAGAGCAGACAGCGAGUACACCGACCGGACGACCAGUUUGGAUCUUUCACGUGUGCAGGUCCCUGGCGUGAACGCACCGUUUCCCGACAAUCAUUACGAGCAGCGUGGUCACCACGACUCAAUUCAUUAUUAUCAACAAUUCGUACCCGAACCAUAUCAACCCUCUGAUACACGAUUGAUGGACGAAGCCGAGACGUUCGAACUCCAGCGACUGCAUCGAGUAUCACGAGACUGCUUACAGGCCUGGCGCAACCGUACACAAGACCUGAUCGGGAGACGAUACGAUCAAGAGGCGUUGGCUGAGGCUUUCGACCGCAGAAUCUUGUUGAGGCUGACGCUUGAUCAGCUCCGAGAUACAGCGCGUAUGCGCCGCUCGAAUAAUGAGACUGACCGCUUCUUUGGACGCCUUGAGGCUCGCGCGGACAGAGCUCGGAACCUGUUUCUCCUCACGAAGGCGUUCACACAUUGGGCAAGAAGCGCUGAGGACGAGGUCCAACGCACGUCGGUCGCAAGGAGACAUAUACUGCGCACUCGCUUCUUCCAUGGCUGGCGUGAGAUCACUGCUGUCAAUGAGCUGAAGGUCCAGCACUUUGUGCUCGCAAGAUUUUUGCAACAGUGGCGUGCGCGAACGGCAACUGUUCGUGGGAAUGCGCAAUUUGCGGUGACUCUGUACGAAGAGAACCUUGUGCAAAGAGUUUUCACAAAUUGGUUCUUUCAAUUCUGUGGCAUUGCUGGGUUAGCUUGGCAUAACGACCGCCUCAAGAGGGACAUGCUUAGAAGGUGGGUUGAGGUCGCACGUGUAAGUACAGAAAGAGAAGAGCUGGCGACCAAGAAAAGCGACAAUUUGGUCCUGGGCAGAUUGUUGGCAAGCUGGAAGCAGAAGACAACAGCCGUGCAAAGCCUGGAUGCCCAAGCAGAUGAGUUUAGACGAACAUCACUGAUGGCUUCAGGGCUGUACAGCCUUCAGAAGCAUGCGCAAUUCACACCCAUCCUACGACAACUACGAACACGGGUGAACAAUCGACGAAUGCGCACCGCUUUCCUCACGUGGCGCCACACCGCUCAGCUGUCGCAACGGGCUCGGCAGGUGGAUACGUUGCGUGUUAUGCGCAACGCCUAUACUGCAUGGAAUGAUCGCCUCCGCAUGCAGGCUCUGGAGCAGCGAAUCAAUGACCGCAUACUUGUCGAGUGCCUUUACAAGUGGACGCUUGCCUCCAGAGUCUCACUUUUGCAGCGUGUCCACGACCAAAGGCUCAAAGAGUCAACUUUCCAUACCUGGGCUACUAAGACUGAGCAGCGCUCGAACACUCUUGAAGCUGCGGAAAGACGAUUCACCCACUUCAAGCGAGCUCAGCUCUUGCGUACGUGUCUGAAGAAGAUGGACACUGACGCCUCUGAGAAGAGGCGUGAGGAGUGCGCGGUGAUUGCUGAGUAUGACCUAAAGCUAAAGCAGCGGAUUUUUGAAAGACUGAAAGAGAGACUUGAGCACUUUCAGCAGCUGAAGCAGUGGUCAGACGAUGCUCGCUUCUACGUUCUUGGUACUCGGACCCUAAAGCAUUGGAACAGUGCGACGCAGCAAACACGCAGGAACCGAAGACGUGACACGUAUGCGCAGGUACGAAGAAAAGUCAAAUCGAACCUAGUGGGUAGGCUAUUCGAGAGGUGGCGAGCGAAGGCGAACACGAUCAUGGAGCAUAAUCAACAAGCUGCUCUGAUACUGGAAGAUCGCACUUUGCGCACUGCUGGCGCACUACUGCACGACUGGCACGACCGAACGCUCACUGUUCAACAACUGAACACACAGGCCUUCAGUUUUCACGACUCCAAACUCGGUUCCAAACACUUUAACAUCUGGAUGCAGCGUCUGGAUACGCUGCAGUCGAUGGAGUCGCAAGCAACAGCACUCCACCAGGAAAGUACUGAAAUUGCAGCGACGGCAGCGCUCAAGAAGCUUGGAUGGCGACUCUGGAAUGUCCAGAGACAAGAAGAGACUGCGCGAGCAUUGUUCGAACGCAAUUUUGAAAAGCACGUUAGAGCCAUGAUACGCUUCUGGAACGAACAAACAGUUGAACGUGUCGCGAAUCGACCUGUCUCACCUACACCCACAAGAAGCUCAAGAGGCGGGCGAAGAAGCCCAGAUGAAGACCACACCCGUUUUGACGAUCAGGACGGAGAUGCCGAGGAUGACCAAGAGAUGAACCCCAAUAAUGCUGGUGACGAAACGCAUCGCCUCGAAGCAUGGUCUGCUUUCGAUGCAUCUGCGCUUGGCCUGAAACAUGACCUCGACCUCUCGCUCUCCGUAACACCAGAACGUCAGCGCACAUCGACUCGCCCUCUCGUUCAAUCAAUGUCAUCACCGAAACCUCCAUCAUCUGCCAGGCCAUCCGCGUCACGGCCACGUACGUUUCCUCCACGUGCGCCUUCUACCGCCGCUCCUGAGCCCGCCUCACCAGAUCUCGACUUUGCCGAAGAAGAGCGCAGUACCUUCUGGGCAGGCACACCAGCCUACCCGCCGCCUACCAUUAGCAGACCUCUCAAAGGCGUAGGCUACCUCAAGACACCAAACAAGCGCGCUGCAGUACGCGCCAAGCGAUCAGAACUGCCUUCUAGCCCCGAGAAGCGUGUUGUGAGGCUGGGUGCAAUGAGUGCGCCACCUGUCCAGACAACCAGGGACUUUGGCGUGGCUGGAGGCGGUGUUGUUGGUGGGGUGACGAGUUUUCAGAGGAGAUUGAGGGAAGGAGGGUUUGGUGCUAGUGUUGGGGCAUCCGCUGUGCCGAACAGCGCGAUGAAGGGAAGUAGAGGGAGGGCUGCGAGAGGGAGAGGAAGAGUCGGCUUUGGCGAUGUGAGUCAGUUUGGGUAGCUGAGAUGUUGUGUAGCCAUUGUCCAUUGCUUUGAUGAAUACAAGUGUUCAAUCCUUAGCCU